UCCGCAUCCCUCCCUCCUGCAUCCCUCCCUCCAUCCCUCCCUUCUUCCCUCCCUCUGCCUGCGCAGAGCCACGGACAUGGCGCUCAGCAAUUUCCUCUUCGCUCAGUGCAUCUGCUACUUCCUGGCCUUCCUCUUCAGCUUCAUCGUGGUGGUGCCACUCUCCGAGAAUGGCAACGACUUCCAUGGCCGGUGCCUGCUCUUCACGGAGGGCAUGUGGCUCAACGCCAACCUGACGGUGGAGAGGCAGCGCUUCACUGUGCAGGAGUGGGGGCCUGAGGCCGCCUGCCGCUUCAGCAUCUUCACUGGGCUCCUCUCCCUGCUGCUGGCCACAGUGCAGGCCUGGAGGACCCUCUUCUUCCUCUGCAAAGGGCACGAGGAGUAA